ACUGCUUUCUCCGCAAAGCCCACGUGUGGUGUAAGUAUCGGCAUUCUUAGGCGCCCAAUCGUGUGAUUUGGUAAUUCGGCCAUUUGCUGGAGUUGGAGGUUGCUUCGUAUUUGUUCCAAAUAUUAAUUAAUCAAACAAACAUAAAUAUGAAUUCCAGUGAAUGUUACAAAUGUCAUAAAACUGGCCAUUUUGCCCGGGAUUGUACUUUGAGUGAUGGACGCAGUGGUGGUUAUCGUGGUGGACGAGGUGGAGGUGGAGGUUACCGUGGUGGACGAGGGAGUGAUUCACGCUCUUCUCCCAGAGCCUCCUGUUACAACUGUGGACGAAGUGGACAUUUUGCCAGAGAAUGCCGUGAAUCUGAUAAGACAUGUUACACCUGUGGAAAAUCUGGUCACAUAAGCAGGGAAUGUGAUAAUGAAGAUCGUAAAAUAACUUGCUAUCAGUGUGGAAAACCUGGACACGUAUCUCGUGAAUGCCCUGGAGCUGAUAGGGAAAGGGAUGAUCGUAAAUGUUACACAUGUGGUGAUACUGGCCACAUUAGUCGUGACUGCCCUGAGGGUGGAAAUUCUGCUGAAGUUGAUGAUACAGUUUGCUAUCGAUAAAAUGAAAAUCUUGGUGGUGCUUACCAUGAAUAUGCAUGCUACUCUUGUCUGGUGACAAUUUAUAAAAUUAAACUUAGUUUAUCUUUCAACUCUUAUGCUUAGUGUCUCAGAAAACAUCCAUGGGGUGUAUUUUUAAUUGUAUUUUUUAAUAAUAGGUAAAAAGUAAAUCACAAAAUUUUGGAUUAUAUAGUUUUUUCUUAACUUUUUUUAAAUGCACACAUAUGAAAAACCACAGAUUUCAGUUUGAAAGUGAUAAGCCUUUUGUGGCUCUGCCAGUCAUCUGUUCCUUUAGCUCUGGUAAGAGAACCGGAGGUAUUCCAUAUUGUAACUUCAUAAGUGGUAAAAUAUGAGCAGUUUUGUACCAAAGUCUCAAGCUUGGUGCUUGUUUUAACAAAUGCUACUGGGAAGUGAAGAGUACAGUUGUUUUGAUAGUGGGGAAUUUUAUACUUGUAAAUGAAGAUCUUUGCAGUGUUUAGGAAAUUAUAAAGUCUCUGUUGUCAUACUAAUGAAUUAAUUUCUGUAAAUUUGCAUGAUGAGCUGUUACUUUUGAUGGGAAGAAAAUAUUUUUUUCAUGAAGGGUGUACAUGUCAACACAUUAUUCUCUCAUCUGAAUGGUAAACAAGCAUCUGUUGUGCUUGUUGCUGAAUUUUUUAUUCAUAAAAUGCCUUAUAGGUUUAGUGGUGUUUGAUUAAUACUGAAAUAUAUGCCCUGUUUAUCACGAGAGCAUUGAUCUAAAAUAAUGAAUUAAUAUUUAAUCAAAUUGUUGAGAAGCUUUGUGGGUAUUUUAGUGAAGUUUUUUAUAUAUAAUCAUGAAUUGAGUGAUGACAAAUUAUGUAAUCCAUAUGUUGUAAUCAUAUUUGUGAAAGGUAAUUUUAAUGAAUUUUUUGCAUGUAUAAUACUCAAACUCCAUAUACAACAGAGUACUUAUAUUUGUUAAAGUUCUCUGUUGAAAUGAAUUGUAGAGUUGAAGCAAUGUUAGGUAUUUAAUUCAUACAUCAGACAUUAGUAUUGUGCAACUUGGAUUUUGUUCAUUAUUAUGUGCCAUGAUCAUGGAAAAUAAUAAAAAAAAUUGUAAGUCA